UGAUUUUGUGGGAAGGUUUCAGCACAGAGACCUUUCCCUUCUACUGGUGCAGGUUUACAGCCAAGUUAUGUCACAGAGAUCCACUCCGCGUCCCGGAGCUUUGCAGAACAACAUGCCGUUCACAACGACUGCACACGGAAACCUGCUACAACCCCAUUCGCUUUACCGGCAUGCCCACUAUAAAGGGUGGUCAAGUGGAGAUGCCCAAGCCCCCCAAACCUCCCGACAAACCGUUGAUGCCUUACAUGAGGUUCAGUCGGAAGGUGAGUAAAAAGGUUUGGGAGCAGGUGAAGGCCCAGCACCCCGACCUGAAGCUAUGGGAGAUAGGCAAGAUCAUCGGACAGAUGUGGAGGGACCUCACUGAGGAGAAGAAACAGGAAUACCUGGAUGAUUAUGAAGCUGAGAAGAUUGAGUACAAUGAAAACAUGAAGGCUUACCACAACUCACCUGCCUACCAGGCCUAUGUGGCUGCCAAGGACAGAGCGGAGAGUCUGCAGCAGCAGAUGCAGCAGCAGCAACAACGAGAGCGACAGAAGCAGGAGGCGCGACAGUCCAUCCAGCCUGCAGAAGAUGAGGAUGUUAGCCUGAGUAUCCAGCCAGCAGAGGACAAGGAUGAUUACGAUGAUGGUUUCUCGGUGAAGCACAUCGCCACCGCCCGCUACCAGCGCAAUCAUCGCCUCAUGAACGAGAUCUUCAGCGAGGCUGCCGUGCCAGACGUCCGCACCGUGGUGACCAGCGCUCGGAUGAACGUCCUCAAACGACAGGUCCAGUCGCUCAUGGUCCAUCAGAAAAAACUGGAGGCUGAGCUGCUUCAGAUUGAGGAGCGGUUUGAGAACAAGAAGAAACGCUUCCUGGAGGACAGCGAUAACUUCAACCAUGAGCUGAAAAAGAUCUGUGCCCAGAAGGUUGAGAUCGACCAUGACAAGAUCAUGCAGGACGUGAAAGAAUCCAUCGAGAAACAGAAGAUCUUGAAACAACAGCAGCUGGAGGAGCAGAAGAGAAAAGAGGAAGAGAGGAAGAUCGAAGAGGAAAAGAAAAAGGCACAGGAAGCAGCUGAAGCAGAAAAGAAGGCAGAGGAAGAGGCAAAGGCAGGAGAGAAGACCGAAGAAAAAGAAGCUGAAGGUACAGAAACUGACCAAUCACAAGACACCAAGACAGAUGAUGGUACAGACAAGAAAGAAGAAGCUGACCAAUCAGAGAAACCAGCUGGUAAUGCUGAAGCAAAGGUAGCUGACCAAUCGGGUGAUAAGGGAACUGACCAAUCAGAGGACAGUAAUCUUUCAAAUGACACAUUGGUCAGUAAAAGCGACCAAUCAGAGAGUGAGAAAGAUGAAGGAGGAAAAGCUGACAAAGAUGGUGCCAAAGAUGACAAACCAGAGAAAAUGGAUGUUGACCAAUCAACACAGAGCAAAGAAGAAAAUGACCAAUCAGAAGCCAGCAAGGAUGGAGAAGAUAAGGUAGAGAAAGGGGAAGAGAAAGAGGCAGAUGACACAGAAAGUCAGGACACAGUUUUGAGUCAGGACACAGAGAGCCAGGAAGAACCCAUGGAAACAUAAAACAAACAAAAAA